UGGGAGCACUGAGAGAUGCUAGGUUCAAAAUUACGCUCGAAAAGAGCGAAUUUUUCCUUUCGGAAAUCUCGUUCUUGGGUUACAUUGUGACACAUGGAGGACUAUGGCCGGACUGAAGAAAAGUCGCGGCGAGCUAUCGGUGUGUCUGGUCGGGGUAAGCAUCACGUGGACGCGACACGACGAUCAACGACAGUGGGCCGAGUACCUCGAGUUGCUGAUCGUCCAAGCGUGGCGAACGGAAGCGGAGGGCGAUUUGCUUGGAUUUCUCUUCGGAUCAGUGCGACCUGAUCAGCGCCACCCGAUCACGCACGAGUUAACGAUCCCCCUCGCGCAGCUGGCUGACGAUCUCCCUCUUGAGAUCGUCUCACAGAGCGACGACAGCCCGGUCCCGCACGUCCUCACGCGGACCUUGGCGCCAUAUCUUCAGUGGUCGGCGUGCUUAGAGGAACCUGGAAGCAGCCGUAACCCGCCGUCACAACGCGGUUACCUGAACCCGCAUGAUAUAGUCGACCUUGCCUUCUUCCAAGAUCGGACCGUUACCGAGAAUGAAGACGUAGAAAUUGAAGCGGAAGAAGAGAGCUCGGAAGAAGAAGAAGUCGAAGAGGAGGACGACGACGAAGAAACUCCCGAAGAAGGGAGUUAUAGUAAGCACAGCGAAGGUGAGCAGAGUGCAGAAGAGGAGGAGGAAGAGCUGUGCGACGAGGAAGAAGAAGAAGACCAAGGAGAGCUAGAAGAGUCGGAGUACGAAGGAUUCGAGGAGGAAGUGCGUGACGAGGCGCAGGCCCAGGUGCAGAAGAGGGAAGAGAUAGUGGUCGGGAAAACACAGUUGGAAUUCGCUAGCGCAGCUGGCUAGCCGCUCACCGACGAUCCGGCCAGGGAUCCAGAGCCACCUAAGC